CCCCUACGAAACCUACAGUACUCUCCGAACACCAGAAUUGAACUGAACCUCGUAGCACUUCCACCCACUUGGCAAUCCGCAUCUCGGUUUCUCAUUCUUCCACCACGUACUCACCUUUCCAUCUGCACCGUCACUCAUACUUCGCAACCAUACCUUCCGCAUCCUUUCUUCAUUUGCAUCCCUAUACACGACCUCUACCAGCUGGGAUCGCCAUUGACCGACCGUGUGCGCCCGCGAAUCCUCCGCCAUUCCUUCCGCAAUUUCGCCCUGGAUCCCAUCAGUCCGCCGCGAACUUCCAAACCCUCGUCCAGUUGGCUUGUUGACCUAAGAAGAGUCGCCGAGCUGACUGGUUUUGGUUCUGCCCCUCGCCUCCCACAUCUUCAUGCCGCGAAACCCUGCGGCGAAAAAACAUCAGCAUAACAACCGCCACGAGAAUGGCCUUGUAGGUCCCGGAAAACGUGUCACCAAGCAGAAAUCGAAUGGUCACCUCAAUGGCGCUGCUAAGGGCCCUGUUGCCUCCGAGCCUUUACCACAACAAACUCCCAUUGACCACUCUGUAACCGGCUCAGUCAACGGUCCAUCCAGCACUGUUUCCUCGGAUACUGCGUACCCUUCCAAGGCCGCGGCCUCCAAAUCGGGGGACUCGGAAGCCAGUGAAAGCAAAGAGAAGGAGCCCGCCAAAGAAUCGAAUGGAUCGGCGAUGCUACAGCAGCGACGUGGUGAUAUGACCGGAGGCAGGUCCAAAGCAACGCAGGACGUGAGCGUUCUGCAGAUCGCCUCGACUAUUCUGCGGUCUCGCCCCGCCUGUGAUACAGUGUCUCUCCUCAUUGUCCUCCUGGCCUUGCCGUCCAUGAUACUGACAAUGGUGCAAGCAUUUUUUGCUUCGCUGACUAUCUGGCCUGGCGGUGGUCCGUCGUUUCGUACUGCUGCAGACAUGUUCUAUGGGUCGGCUGGUGCACCAAGCCCAACUACCAGGAUGGUCGUGGAUGUCAUAUGCUUUGCAUUGUGGAUGUGUCUCUGGCCGUGGGCUCAAAAUUUUACCCUCGAUCUCGCGCAAAUACAGAUCGCUAUGACUCUAGGAAAUGGGAGCUCGGGACGCAAUGGGCGAGUUAAUGUGUUUUGUGUUGCAGGAGUAUUGGCGUUGCAUUUGUUGAGAAGUCAGGGUGUCCGUCGGUUUCUUCUUACGAAUCUGAUACCUAUAGACUUGCGUUCUCAGUUUGGUCUCUCUGACUAUCUGAAGUAUCUGCCGUCGGACACAGAUUUCGGAGAGAGCCCGCGGCCACCGUCGCAGAUUCGAAGUCUUUUCGCAAUCCACAUCAUCAGUCAGGCUGUUUUGGCUGUUAUCCGGCGCUGGCUGCAUAGCCUUCAGUCCCCGACGCCUACGAAGACGAAGCGGGUAGACAUGGAAGCCUCUGCAGGGUCUGUGUCGGAUUUUUCGGUUCCCGACGGCUCCUCGUCAACUGCCAUAUCCUCUUCCGUCGAUUAUCAGCCACCUACACCUGGCCUGCGUGAGGGCAAGGAGAAGGGUAUGAGUGCUAAGAAAAGACGACGUCAAGCGAAUCACGUUAGAAGCAAACAACCAUUCUGGGCGGCCUUAGCGAGUACAAAGGUGCAAAUUGGGAGAGAGAUCCAGCACAACAAAGCUCUUCCUUCAGUCGCCAACAAUCAAGGGACACCCUUUGAAGCUGCCCACCAAGAUCUAGUAUGGGUGACCAAUGUGGAUCCGUCCUCUAUCUCCUUUGAGUCAAAUUUUGUUGCAACACAGGAGGAAUUAGAGGAUCCAGAUGAGCCUAGGCCCUUUUAUGUGCGGAUCAAUGGUGCGAAGUGGCACUCUGUGAACCUCGAAGCAGCAGACAAUCCAUCACCGCCGGAAGGCUCAGGCGCUCGCUGGACUGGAACAAUCUCUGGCCUGGCGCCGAACUGUACCUAUACCUGCACAUUUAUUUCCACCGAUGGCGACGAAGAAUAUGCGUCCGUCAUGGUCAAGACACCUGCGUUGCUCGACAAAGACCUUCCAGGAUCCUUGACGCCUGUACCUGUGCGUCAAUCUACUCGGCCAUCAUCACCAACUACCACCCUCAAGAACUCAAUCUCCACUACGGAAGCGAAGCUAAACGAAGCCCGCAAUCGACUGACCAAGGUUCGACGCCAGCAUCGCACCACCCUUGCCAAGGUCGAAAAGGAGGUCGAUAGCUUCAACACCCGUCUCAAGACAGCCAGUGACGACACCAAACAACGACAAAAGCUUCUGCAAGCAGAGCGCACCAUCCGCCAAACUGAAGACGCUACUCAAGAGCUCGAGGUUGCUUUGGAAAGUCUGACAUCGACGCCCGACGAUGAUAUCGAGGAUCACAGCACCUCUCAACAAGCUUUCGAGGGACAGUCCAAGCAGCUGACAGACGCGACUAAGGGUCUGAAGAAGGCGAAGAAUGCAGCAGAAUCUGAAAAGACCUGUGCCGAGAACGAAUUGAAUGGAAUGAUCUCUCGCAAAGAGCGGCUGACAACUCGCAACACAAAAUUAACUGAGCAGUAUGAUCGGAUCACUCAAGCUAAUGUUCAAGGUCUCAACGAGCGAGAGAGAAGGGCUGCCGAAUCGAAUGCCAAGGAUAUUGAGCAACAGAGACGCGAGAACGAGGUGUUGCAGCAGAUCCAUUACAUGGAGGCUGAGGUCAGGAACAUGAGGAUGAAGUUCGACUCCAACCAGCAAGAACUUCGCCUUCUUCAGGAAGAAGAUGCUCGGCAGACGAUGCUUAACAACAGCGGCCCUCUGACGCCGGAAGGUGAACUCCCUGGCACCCGGCCAACACCCCAGCAUGCUCGGCCAUACGCCUUCGGUAGCUUUCAAGCUUUCCCCAACAGCCCUGUCAUUCCUGAAGCACAGAGUUCGCCUUUUCUGGCCUAUGCUAAAACUCUGCCUACUACCGACCAGCGGCGGCCCAGGUCUGAUACAAACCGAUCAGCGGGUGGACAUAGUAAUUUCUCCGCCGAUUUCGAGGACGCCGAUCCAAUUCCUCCGGUCGAGUACGAGGUGAUCGGACGCAAGGGUAGUGGUAGCAGUCGAGGCCAGAAUAGUGGCAGUCCCGCGGCUGGCGUCAUUGGUGAGUUGCGCAGCCCUCCGCGAGGCAGCUAUAGUCCAGGACAUGUGCCAGGUUCAAUAACUUGGUGAUUCUGCAUUGCAAAGGAGGAUCGAGAUUCCUUAUUGAAUCAGGUCAUAGUAGCUGAUUGUACGUGUAUGGGUUGAUAAAGAUGGCAUUCCGGGAGCCUUUUGCACGUUUGUCCACGUUUGUUGUUCUUGUGGCCGCCCUGCUGGUUGUACCUGUUGUCGUUGGCAUCAUCCUCCCACAAACCAACAUUGGAGGUGUCGAGUUAGUUUGCAACAAAGUGUAGCCGAAUGUGACGUUGUGCUUGCUUCUAGAGAACGACUUGGCCUCUGCUAUGUUUAUUGA